AUGGCACCAGCUGGAGGCCCGGGGGCCAAGAGAGGUAUUUUGGAACGUCUGGACAGUGGGGAAGUUGUGAUUGGAGAUGGCAGCUUUCUCAUAACUCUGGAGAAGAGAGGCUAUGUGAAGGCUGGACUCUGGACUCCGGAAGCAGUGGUAGAACAUCCAAGUGCAGUUCGUCAGCUUCACAUGGAAUUCUUGAGAGCGGGAUCAAAUGUCAUGCAGACUUUCACCUUUUCUGCCAGUGAGGACAAUAUGGAAAGCAAGGUAAACUAUAACUGAGGGGUGGAGAUGGGGGGCGGAUGGAAUGUAAAUGCUGCUGCCUGUGACCUCGCCAGAGAAGUGGCUGGCAAAGGCGAUGCUUUGGUGGCAGGGGGGAUCUGUCAGACAUCAGUGUACAAACACCACAAGGAUGAAGCUAGAAUUAAAAAACUUUUUCGACUACAGCUAGAGGUUUUUGCCAGGAAAAAUGUGGACUUCUUGAUUGCAGAGUAUUUUGAGCAUGUUGAAGAAGCUGUGUGGGCUGUGGAAGUCCUAAAAGCAGCGGGUAAACCUGUGGCAGCCACUAUGUGCAUAGGGCCGGAGGGAGACAUGCGUGAUGUAACGCCCGGAGAAUGUGCUGUGCGGCUGGUGAGGGCAGGGGCUUCCAUCGUUGGGGUGAACUGCCGAUUUGGGCCCACGACCAGCCUGCAGACGAUAAAGCUCAUGCAGGAGGGCCUUGGGGCUGCGGGGCUGAAAGCACACCUCAUGGUGCAGCCCCUGGGGUUCCACACCCCCGACUGUGGCAAAGGAGGGUUUGUGGACCUCCCAGAAUAUCCCUUUGGACUGGAGCCCAGAGUUACCACCAGAUGGGAUAUUCAGAAGUAUGCCAGAGAAGCCUACAACCUAGGGGUCAGGUACAUUGGUGGGUGCUGUGGAUUUGAGCCCUACCACAUCAGGGCCAUUGCAGAGGAGCUGGCCCCAGAAAGGGGCUUUUUGCCACCAGCUUCAGAAAAACAUGGCAGCUGGGGAAGUGGUUUGGACAUGCACACCAAACCCUGGAUUAGAGCAAGGGCUAGAAGGGAGUAUUGGGAGAAUCUGCUGCCAGCUUCAGGCAGACCUUUCUGUCCUUCGCUAUCAAAGCCAGACGUCUAAGGAGUAGUGAAAGAAAAUACUGAAGUAAUAGAAGAGAAAGAAGUUGCCCUCCAGCCCCAUCUGGAACAUUCCUCGCCCUUAUCCUCAGCCUGCCCCGCCGUCUCCAGCUGCAGCUAUGACCCCGACGUGCACAGGCCCUUCAGUUCCAGUCAACACUGCCAUGGUUAAGCGCUGCGAUGGGUGGUGCAGCAGAGUUUAAGAGGAGUGAGAAAGGCCUGUAAUUCUGCAGUGCAUUCUUUUCAAGAUCAUCGAAAACAGCCAAACUUGUCUUUUAGGGUAAAUCUGACAUUUUAAAAUAAGCAGAAGUCAUUGAGAACCAAACCUAGUGAAUACUUCAGGUGACUAGCUAGGUGCUCGAGGAAGAUGGAGCAGCACUCUAAAGUCAAGCAAUGGGUCUGCGUUUCUUAAAGGAUUUAUAUAAUCACUGCAAAGAGAAUCCCAAAAGGAAAGAUGCAAAAACUGUUUUGCGCAAUGGCAGGAUUAUUGAAAUACAUGUAUAACCUUUCAAAGUGAUGACUUUCAAAGAUGAUUUUUACUUAAAGGUAAUAGGUCCUAGAAUUUUUUUUAAAUGUGUCUAUAUAAUCACAAAUAGCUAGAUUAUAAACUAUUUAAGGACGAGGACCAUGUCAUAAGCUUCUUAUUAUAUUUGUGCUUAUUUAGCAUUGUGCUAGACAUAAUAAUAGAUAAUCACUGAAAUACUUAUUGUCGAUUAUUUAAAAUAAGUAAAAAUGGAUAAACAGUUUAAUAAUACCUUUUUAAAAGUCAGAGUUCAAAUCUAUCUUGGUCCAAUAUUUUCUUGACUUAUGUUUGUGUUACUUGCUGUGUGCCUGUUUCUCUUUUUUUUUCACAACAAUGUAUGAAUUCAUGACAAUUGGCAAAAUUAAAAAUAAUUUACCUUUU